CUGCGGACUGAUCGUAAUUUUAGUUUUUAUUGUUACUAGUUACAGACAUUAAGAAUUUCACUGAAUUUGAAAUGAAUUCUAUUUCUUUUGAGUUAAAUUAAUCUUACGUUUAUUUCGUGAUUUUAGUUUAGUUUGUUUAAAAUAUAUUUCAAUCAAAUACGAUGGAACCCUUAUUACCAUCAGAAGUUGCUCGUCUAAUAUAUGGUUAUUUGAAGAAAGAGAAUAAUGACGAUGCUGCAGAAUGUUUUUUAAAGACAUCACCUCAUUUAACUGAAUGUUAUCAGAUGUUCCGUGCUAAUCGUAACUUUAACAUCAAAGUUAAUGGGUUUAGUUUACAUGAUAUAUUUGAAAAUUUUGGUACUAUGUGUAGUAUGAUUAAUGAACAUGUGCCUGAUCAUUAUGAAUCAAAAACACUGAUAGCAAAAUUAGAAUAUUUAUUAAAUGGAAAUAAAAAAAUCAUAAAAUUAGACAAAUUUACUGAAACUGAAAAUUUAAAAGAAAAAAUUAUUAAUGAAGUUGUCAUCUCUGAAGAUAAAAACUUACAUUUGAAAAAUGUUUCAACUAAUUUAAAUAUCUCUUCAUUCCCAGAGAUAAACACGAAUGAUGAUAUAGAAACAAAUAAGACAAAUAUGAACCACGAUUCAGCUAACAGUUCAGUUAACAAUUCAAAUUUGUCUACUGAUAAAAUGUGUAUUGUCAAUAAUGACAAUGAAUUAAAUCAUAUAUCUGAAGUUACGGAAAAUAUAAAUUUUACAAAAAGCCAAAAAUCAGACCACAAUUCUUCAAAGCAAAUUGAAAAACAAAAAAAAUUCGUAACACCCAAAUGUCAGCAAAGUUCUAUGACAAACUUGCAGUUUUGUAGUCCUAAAAAUAUUCAAAAUCAAUGCAUUCUCGAACAAUCUGAAUGUAUUUCGAUACCAGAAGCUACACCUUUGAAUUCAAUGCCAGGAUUGGCUGGAGAAGAUAAAUCUAAAGAAACUUCUGUUAUUAUUGAUACUGGUGAACUAGUAGACACCUUUCUAAAUGACCAAAGUCUAUUAGAAAAACUAGCUGAUACUAUCAAUAAAUCAUUAGAAACAAAAAAUAAUAACAUUAAUGAAAAUCAAUUUAAAGAGGGACAAAUAUUAGAUCUUCCUACUCUUGAAAAGGCAUUAGAUUCUACUCAAUCAGACCCUCAAAUCAAGAACGUACUAGAUGAGUUUUUAGUUUUUAAUGUUGACAAUGGAGAAAAUAACAAAAAAAAUGAAACAGAUAUUCAAUUAAGUCCUAUAAAAUCACGACUCCGUAGUGCCAAGAAAAAAGACGAUUCUCAAGAUAAAAAAAAAAAUAACAUGAACAACUCCAAACAUGUUUUAUGUAUUAGUGAAGAGUGUAAAAAAAUUGAUAACAAUAUUGUAUUGGUCAAUGAUGGCAACAACAAAUCUGCUAUUAUUGAUAACUAUGCAAUUUUGUCCAAUCCCAUUACUGUACAAGCCAACAGUUCAUCAAGUGUACAGUCUUUUAAUUUUGAUUCUUCAAUUUUAACAUCUGAAAUUUUACCUGAAGAAGAUUAUCCCGGUAAAUCAAAUUAUGUAAAAAUUGCACCAAAAAUUACUCCCUUGUAUGUGUCUCAACAAGGGUCCGAAAAACAUAUUUUUCCAAAGAGAAAAAGGAAAACUCUUGAGGAGUGUGGUGUAAAAAGCAAGUUCAGGAAAUCCAACUUUCCUCAUAUACAGCCAAUAAACACUGUUAGUCCAGCACAAUCAAUUGUUAUUCAAGUUCCUAACCAAAGUUCUAUUGAAGCUCAAUUGAAAAAAGAUAUAUUUAUUGAAAAUAUCAUUAGAUUACCUGAAGUGUCAAAAAAAUCAAGUUCAGCAAAAGAAAAUAUUUCCCAUAGCACCCCGGAUGCUAGAAAAAAACCACCAAAAAAUAAAAGUAUGAGUACACCACGUAGAAGAAGUACUCAUAUAAGAUGCCUAGAUUUUAGUACACCCCAGCCAAAAAAUAAUGCUAAAGAACAUGCUCGUUCAAAACUCUUUUGUGAUUCUCCGAUAAAAGUAAACAAAAUUAAAGAAGAAUCACCUUCUAGUCCUACACCUAAACUUCAAGCAGAUUGGGGCUCAGUAAAUGGGUUUGAAUCGAUUGUUGAAAAAAAAAAUGCUGUUAAAUGUUGGGAUUCAGAUAUUAGAGAAAUGGUAGGUGCUGGAAUAUUAACAACGGAUGUUGAUAUAAGAAAAACAAGAAAAUCGCCCAGAAAAAAGAAGGGUCCUAAAAAAAAAGCUGUACUAAAUAUAGAUAAUGAUUCAGAAUCUGUAUUAAAUAGUCAAGAUGAAUCGCCUACAUUAGGAAAGGAUAACUUAUAUACUAACCAGCCUGUUGAUUCCAGUUUAGCUUUAAAGACAAAUAACGAAACCCACUCUGUUGUAUCAACUGAUCAAAUUAUUUCAAAAGAUAAUAAUUUAUCUUCAUCAUUAGAAGAUCUUAACAAAAAUACUUGCCUAAAUAGUGAUCACUCAAAAAUAUCAAAUACGUCUAUUAAUUCUUGUAUAUUACAAGAUAACCAACACCAAUUAGGGGUAGAAUUGAAUGUUAACGUUCAAGAUGAUAACAAUUUAUUAUCUUUACCCUUGAGAAUUGAUACUCCAGUAGAUCUAACUGGAAAGUCUAAUGGUUCAACGAGUUUAAAUAAAACGGAUGAAUCUUUGAAAGAUAGUAAUUCCAAAAAUCUAGUUUUGUCAUUGUGUGAUCUUAACAGCAGUUAUGAAAACACGUUAAAAGAUUCAAUAAUAUCUGGCGAUAAAGACACAAAAACCAAUAUCUUGGAAACGCCUUAUAAAGAUGUAGAAACUUUAAUUGUAAGAUAUAAUAAAAACAACUUGGAACCAAUCAGCAAAAUACCGCAACUAGACAAUGCCCAAUUAGAAAAUUACCAUCAAAAUAUUGUGGAAGUAAAUAGUCAUUGUAAUAAGCUGGACUCUAUUAAGUCUCAUAUAUUUGACACACCAUGUAAACCAGAUGAUAAAAAUUCUUCUAGUUCAAAUACACUAUUAGCUCCAACUAUUAAAUAUUCUGAAAAUAACAAAGAUAAAAAGGAUAUAAGUAUUGAAAAUUUAACUAUAAUUAAUUCCAAAUCAAAUUCAGCUCUAAUUAUAGAAAGAAAACAGUGUGAUAAUAUUACAUCUGUAACCAAAAGGCAUGUUCAGUCAAACAAAUCUAAAAAAAUGUCUAAAAAUCAGCUAAUCGAGCAGCGAGUAAUUGUUGAAUCUCCAUACAAGUAUGAUGAUGCUGCAGUCGAUGUUCCUGGAACACCCAUUUCUAAGUUCCUACUCGAGUGUGAUCCCAGAAAGCUUGAGACACCAUUACCAUCUUCACCUGGCCAUGUUGAAGAAACUCUUAUGGAAACACCACUGACAAAAGUUUUUCGGGAAACUUCUUAUUUAAAUCGCCCUCCAAUUUCACCAUUUCCUCCUACUCCGGGGAAUUCAAGAUCUGUAGAUACUGUUAUUACUCCGCCCUGUCAAGAAUCAAUCGACAAUUUAAACAGCCAGCAAGAAAUUAAAGGUAUUGACAUUGAAAGUAAAAUAAAUGGUUUAAAGGAAAUAUCUGUAUCAGCUAUUGAGUCAGUUCCGUGUAAUAAAACUAAUCAAUUAAUUUUGCCUAACAAAAACAAAGGUAAACAUACUUCCUUAAAAUCAAAAAAUGGAUUACGAAAUAGUUCAAAAAAAACUAUAGAAGCAAAAAAAAAACAAGUGUACGAGUCGGUAAAAGUUGAAUUGUUUGGAAGUGAAAUCACGUCAAGUUCUAGUGGAGAUGAACUAGAAGAAGAAAAAUUGCAUAAUUCCACAAAAACUCCCAAACAAAUAACGUCAGCAGAAAAAACUGGUUUUGAAUCUGUUCCUCAAAAAACAUUACAUAACAGUGCAGAACCUUUGCACUCGAAAACCCAUUUAUCAACAUUUUUAAAACCUUCAUUAAUCCAGAAUGAAAAAACACAAAAGUUAGUUGACACAAUGGUUGUAAGAAAAAAUAAAAAGCAAAUGGUACAUUUUGAUGACCCUGUAGAAAUAAUUAUGUAUCGGCCUUUAAACAUAGAUCAAAAUAAAUCUAUCAGUAAAAGUAUUACUAAGAAUGCAUUACCAAAAAAUACAUUGAAACAAAUUAAAAGUACUGUGCACACUGUUACUAAACCAGAACAACUUACUGUGUUUAAUAAAAAUCUUAACACACCUAUUCCUUCAUCUGAUAAUAAAAUAAUUAAAACUGCAAACAUAUUAAAAACUAAGAAAAAAUUGAAUGUAAGUGAUACUCGUAUUAAUUAUGCAGAUGAACAUAAUGGACACAAAUCUACCAAACCUCCAUUUAUUAAUAGUUUUCAACAAAUAUCGCCUAAGCCUAAAGUGUCCAUUAUUAAUGAAACAGGAAGUAUGUCUUUUAAGGACUGUGUACUGAAAGAGGCCAAUAAGGAUAACGAUACUCAUUCAAUAUCUAUCGAAUCAAAUUUAUCAUUAGAUGUUAUCGUACCAGUUAGCAAAAAUAUUUCUAAAACCAAUAUGAAUAAUUCAACUCUUAAUAAAUCUAAUCAAUCGUCAGAAUCAUCAUUUAGUGGAAUUACAAACAAUACCUCUUGUGUGACGACUGGGCAUAAAGAAACAUCAAAAAUACAGACAAAAUGUUUGGACCAGUUUUGUGUUGAAGAUUUCUUCAAGAAUCCUAAAGUGUAUGAUAUAAUUACUGAAGAUGAUCAGCGUGAGAUGGUUUGCCUUGAGUUAUCUUCAAUGUUUACCCUACUUGAUAUACCUUCAGACUUCAACACCACCGCACCUUUGAUAAAACCAUUGAAUUCAUCAACCAUUUCUAACAAUUCAUUGAAUGUCACUCCAGAGUUAGAAGUUGGUGAAUUAAAUGAUGGCCGUGUUCUAUUGCCUGUAACUAGCACGCCUAAAGAUAUUGUGGAUAUUAGAAGUACUGAUAAACAGAAUAGAACUAGAAGAAGUCCAUCAUUUUGGGGAGAUUCUGUUCAUAAUUAUUCACAUAAGCACAGAGAAGAUAGACAUAGAGAUUUAAAUUACAGGAGGAAUAAAAGUUAUAGAGAAAAUAGAUACAGUGAUCAAAAUUAUAGACAAAGCACUUCCCAUAGUUAUCGUGAUGAAUGGUUGCAGUCUGAUAAUAGAAAUAAGUAUCAAAGAAAUCAUUUUAAAAGUAAUUCUAAAAGAGAAUUUGGAGAUGAACCACUUAGAGAUAAAGACAGAUUUAAACACAAAGACGACAGAAGGAGAAGUAAUCGUGAUUACCGUAUUUAUGAUGAUCGCAAAAAAUUGGAUGUUAAUGAACAGUGUGGAUCAUCACAAAAAAUGUCUCUAAAUGAUAACCAAAAAUCAAGUAGAUCAGAAGAUAUAGUAAAAAAAGCUACUAAGCGCUCUAAGAAUCGAUCAGAUCUAAAUGAGAUUCCGCCAAAAGUAUCGAAAGUCGAACAUCAACGGUUACUGAAAAAUGUGAAUGUUGAUGAUUUUUUGUCUAUUGUACAUGGGCAAUAAUAUUCAAACCAAAUUAGUAUCUAGGUGAAAGUCAACAAUUAAAAUACUAUGUAUUUUUUAUUACAUAGUUAAUAGUUAAUAUUUACCUACCUUUAAAAUAGAUGUUUUAAUUAUUAUUUAAAAUAUCCUAUUUAUAUUUAAUAUAUUACUGGAUAGUGUAAAUAAUAU